AUGGAUCAACAUCCUUGCCAUGAUCAUGAUCGUGUGCGCGCAGGUAGUGCAACCAAAAUGAUUGACAGAACGGCUGGCGCGGAAAUAAGGGGGCAUCAAGCCUUGGAACGGUCGACAGGUGAGCAGUCAGCCACGUCCGCGAGACGAAGCUGGGAGACCCAAGCCUUCGAGGUUGACGAGUUCCCACCUGCCAGCUGGCCGGCAUGGACAUGCCUCGCUCGUCGGCAGCAUGUUCAGUUCCGAGUCAGCGAAGAGGCCGAAGCUAGACUCUAUGUACAUACACAGUAG